AUGAAGCAGCUUAGUAUUCUGGAAAACGGAGAUGGACUCUUCAAUACUCAUGUCACACUACAAGAUGUUCAAGAAGUGAUUCAAGAGCAAUUGAAUACGAAAUCAAUUCUCGGAAAGAACACCAAGUAUAUUCUAAUUGGAGAAGGAAAUGUAAGUGCUUUUUCAAACUCUAAGGGAAUCAUGAGCCGAAUCAUACUAGUUGAACCUGAUUGGACCGUCGAUGCGGAUCAUCUUCCUUCGAAAUUCGUUUUAAAAAUCCCAUAUUGUGUUCAUUUUCAAGGACUAAUACGACAAAUGAUGGGAUCAAAUUCCAUGAGCAAAGAACAAGAAGCAGGACUUAUGAUGAUGUUGGAGGCAGAAUCACAUGGAGUUCACAACAGAGAAGUCAAUAUGAAUACAAUUUUGGAAAAGUGGGAAAAAGGAGAAACACUGCUCAAUUCAAAAAUUUACUUCUCCAAGAAGUUCGAUUCUGAUAAUAAAAGUAAAGGAUUCAUCGGGAUGGAAUACGUUGAGAAUAGUGUUGUCAGACAUUUGUAUGUCAAUGUGAAACCGAUAGAACUCUAUCCAGUUCUGAAAUCACUUGCUUAUUUCCAAGCCGGUACCCUUCAGUUGAACGAGGAAGAGAAGAAUAGCAUCAGUGGAUUCGAUUUUGCUAAAAUGGCUGGACCAGCUCUAACUGCAGAUGGAAUUAAAGGAAUUCUCCAGCAGGCUCGUCUUAUCAACCUCGAAAAAUUGGAUGAAAAAGUGAAGAAGAUUGAGGAUUUUGGACAUGGAGUUGUGAAUUUUGAGCUAGCUUGUAACCUCAACAAAUAUGUUGGAAUCAAUCAACCGGUAUUAGUUCAUGGAGAUUUAUGGUCCACCAAUAUUCUAUGGAAGGAGAGAAACGGAAAACCAAUUGCAGAUAAAAUAAUCGACUACGCGGUAAGUAGACCCAGACUUGUUAACAUUUUCGAAACGUACAUUAUUCAUGGAAUACAUAUGGGAAAUCCAGCUGAAGAUAUAGUCCGUCUCUUCGUAUCAACUCUCUCUGGAGCUGAUAGACAGACUCAUUGGAAGCAUCUCUUGAAUCAGUUUUAUAUAUAUUUCUUGGAAGCUCUUCAAAGUGAAAAAGCACCAUACACCCUUGAUCAGUUGAAAGAAUCCUACCGUUGCUACUUUGUCACUGGAGGACUUGCUUUGUUGCCUCUUUUUGGCCCUGUCACUCAGGGAAAACUGAUGAUGUGCUCAGAAAAUGAGGAUAAAGAGGGGUACAAACGAGUCAUUACGGAAAAGAUGGAACGUCUUUUGGAUGAUAUUGAGAAAUAUCAUUUGCUCUCCAGAAAUGUCACAAAAAGCUACAAAAAACCGGUAGCGAGAAACUAA